AUUUUCCGCACCCAACAGGAGAGCAACGAUGACGGAUGGAUAGUUUUGGCUGGCUUUUGGAAAUUUGAGUUUUCUGAGUUUCCCGCAAAAAGCGUCGAAAAUUCGCAUUAAAAGUGGCUUUUAGUUGUGUUGAUCGCGAGUUCCGGUACUGGUGCGUGUGGUGAAUGUGAAAUUUAGGACGGAAGUGUCAAAUUGAGUGCCGCGUUCGUGAUUUGCGAAAAGUUUUUUUUUCUUCGUCGGGAAAAUCGCGAUAAAAAUCCCCGCAAAUGAAAAUGUGGCACGAGGCUCGAAAGCAGGAAAAAAAGAUCCGCGGCAUGCUGGUGGACUACCGGAAGCGGGCAGAGCGGCGGCAGGACUUUUACGAGCGAAUAAAAGCCGAUCCGACGCAGUUUCUUCAAGUUCACGGUCGCAAAGGCAAGAUCCACCUGGACGCGAGCGUGGCGGCAGCUGCCGAGAAUCCAGCCAUCAUGAUGCCGUGGCAGGGCCAAAAGGACAACCUGAUUGAUCGGUUCGACGUGCGCGCCCAUCUGGACUACAUCGCGCCCGUCGUCAGCAAACCGGACCAGCCGGCCGCGGCCGAGGAUGACGUGCUGGACAUGGAGGAGCGCUCCUUAAACUACGAGCGGUAUCGCGUACUCGCGCAGAACGAGUUCCUCGGUAUCAGCGAGGAAAAGUUCUUGCAUCAACUAUUUCUGGAGGAGCAGUUUGGGGUAAAUGCCCAGGUUGAGGCGGAACAGCGGGCUUCGACGUCGAAGAAAAAGGCCGCUGCUGGUGGGGGCGUGGCGAUCGGGUACACUUACGAGGAGUCCGAACCGAGCGGGGUGGUUCCGUUUACGCAGACGAUAACGGCUAUUGAGCAGUCUGCGGGGACGUCCAAGUAUGACGAGUGCAUGAAGAGCGAUUCGGACUCGGAUCUGGACAUGGACGUAUCGAUAGAUAUCAACAAGGUGGGGACGACACAGGCCCACGAGAUGAAUGCGUGUGGGAGACAUUACGGAAUGAAGAGCAAUGACUUUUACUCGUACCUGACGAAAGAUUCCGACGAGGCGGAGGCGCUGCGGAUGGCACGGGAGGAAGAACAGGAGAAGAUCAUGUUCAGUGGGAGGAAGAGCCGGAGGGAACGUCGAGCUCAGCGUGAACGGAAAUUUGCCGGUCGACCGUUGAGUCCGCCGAGCUACGCAGCUAAGGAAGAACUGGUUCCUCGGACGUACGACGAUCCGAACGACAGCUCGCGGUCACCUUCGCCCGUCAAUUCAGGGAAAAUUACCUACAUUACCUCAUUCGGUGGCGAGGAUGAACUCCAGCCACAUUCGAAAAUAUCGAUUAGCUUUAACAAGGACAGUCAGGGUGGGGCGGGCUCGUCACGGGGCGGUGCCAGCACGUCGUACGCCGAAAAGGUCAAGCAGAACCUGGAAAAGUUAAAGAGCAUAAGCACAAAGGAGGAGGAGAACAAGAUGCCGGCGCAGUACCAGCGUAGAUCCCGCAGUUACAGCGAUCGUAGCCGCAGUGGUUCCAGAUCGCACAGAAGACGCCGCAGCCGAUCACGUGGCAAGCGAACCUACUCCAAGUACCGCCGAAGGUCACGCUCGGGAGCAUCGAGGUCCAGGUCGCGAUCGCGUGGCUACCGCGGCAGUCGAAGAUCGCCGGACUAUUCGUCGCGUCGCCGAAAGACUCGAUCGUCCUCUUCCCGAUCUUCAUCCCCACCCGUUCGUAAACCCGCUCGCAAAAGCUCCAGCUCUGAGUCAGACUCGUCCGCGAGUAGCCGUAGUCCACCCCGCAGUAAACCGACAAUCAAAACGGAACCACCGGAGCGGGCCCCUGCCGCGGCACCACCACCACCUUCAAUAUCACAGCAACCACCUGCAGUUCCUCCACCCGCCCCCGCCAUCGUCGUGAAAAAAGAGGAAAAACCACCGGUGCUGCCGGUGGAACCGGAACCGGACGUUCCCGUGCGACGCUACUACGGACGCAAGCGGGACGGGCAGAGCUCCAGCGAAGAUGACAUCACCAGCGACAGCUCCGGGGACGAGUCGUCGAAACCGGCGGCGGCGACCGAGCCGUCGCAUAGCAUCGCACCACCGCCACGAGAGCUGGGCGGAUACCUUCCGACGCCUUUUUCCAUCAAGCAGGAAAAGCUCGAAUCGUCGAGUUCCAGGUUUGGGGGUAGCGAACCUGCUGCCACCACCACCGUAGGUGGCCCUUCCUCCGCCACGCCCGACUCCAAAAGUUCGUCGUCUGCUGCCGCUGCCGCCGCCGCCGCUGCUGCUGCUGUUGCUGCAUCGAAGUCACUUAAUCCCAGGGAUCGCUUGAAGCGAAAGAUGCAGAUUUUACUGAAUAAGCAAUUCAAGGCCGACAAGAAGGCCGAAAUUGAAAAGGUCGAGCGGCAGAUUCAGCUGCAGCAGGAACGUGAGGACGAGAUGCGCGAGCUGGCGUUGCGGCUGAGACGGAGACAACGCGAGCUGCGCCACAAGUACGGCACCCCGGAAAGCGACAAGAGCCGCUCCAAAUCCCCGGCCAACAACAGUUCGGACGACGACGCGCCCUCGACGAAGGAAGUGUCCCCACCGCCCAAACCACCACCCCAAGCUCCCUCUUCCUCCUCCUCCUCGUAUCAGCACCAGCCAUCUUCGUCGGGAAGUUACAGCAGCGCGAGUGCCGUCGUGAUCGAGCGCAAACCCAUGCUGCGCCGCGUCGGUGGCCACACCGAGUCGUCCCGAUCGCCGAGCCAGGUUCGCGGCGUUCGGCGGCCACACUCGCGCAGUCGGUCCGGUUCGCGGUCGUCGACUGCGGUCAGGGCUAGCACCAGAAGCGCUACUGCUGCAGCGUCUUCGUCAAGCAGUCGACGGCCGCCGCAACCGACAUCGUACGAUGACAGACCCCGGCGACGGUCGCCACUGCCGCCGUCGCAGACCUCUUCCAGGCAACGAUACCGUUCCCGGUCGCGAUCACGCGAGCGAGACCGGGGCGGGCGUUACGGCGGUGGUGGAGGUCGUUCGACGCGGGAUUAUGACCGGGGCGGGGACAGUGGCCGGGGGGGAUAUUAUCGGCGUAGGUCGCGAUCGAGGACGCGCCGAUCGCGGUCCAAGUCACGAAGCAAAACCAGUACCGGUAGUUCCAAUCGCAGGGACCGAUCGCCUAAAGUAGUAAAAAAACUCGUUGACUAUUGAUACUGAGAUCGUGUGCACGCGUUACAUUUUAACCUUUUACCUUUCUAUUGCCAUAUUGUUCGGAUCGUGGGUGAAUGACGGUGUGGUGAGCAACUUGUUAAUCUUUACUAUAAACCUUGAGUCGACAUAAUCAAUUGUGGAUUACCUCCAGUGUACACGUCACGCAUUAUAAGCAGUAAAAUUUUGAGUUACUUUUCAGGAAACAAA